AGGACCUGCUGGCAGGAUCCUGACGUCGCGGCUCGCGACACAUGGGCUUUUUAAAAGAUGUGGGGGUAUGUGUGUCUGUGCGUGCGUACGCAUACAUUGAUCUGUCAUGCCACUUUGUACAGUUUAAGAAUUAUAAAUGCUACCCACUUAUAAAAAUAUGGAAACUUUAGCAUCAGCCAGGAUCUCAAUGGAAUAAAAGAGCCAGGUAAUACCCGAGUUCCAGGAGGAACGAACAGAAAAUACAUUAGGGUCUGACUCUGAGGGGCUGGGCAGGUGGAGGCAGAAGGAGGGGACCAGAAGGCCCAGGAGGGUGCAGCAUCCACUGUCCCUGAGACCGGGGGGAGGGGUGGCCUGUGCCUGAGCCUCUGCUCCUUGCCCCUCCCCCACCCUGUGAGCCCUUUGUGACGGGGAGAACACAGCUCUGAGAUGCAGGCCUGGGCCCUCCUCCCUACCCCAGAGAGAACUCUCAGGGCUCAGUUGCCUGAGAACAUCACUGCCAUUCAGAUGAUGAAGAAUCUUCUCAUUCCUCUGAAAAGCCUUAGUGCCACAUGGCUGAGCCCCAGCACCACUACCUUCGCGGUGUAUAUGAUCCUCGCCUUUGUGUGUGGACUGGGGCUCUUCCUUCUCUUACUGCCCUGGCUCGAGGGUGAACCAUCCUUACCGCCAUCCAGGAGAAACAGAAAAAUCAGAAAACGUCCUGGGCUGAUCAGCUGGAAGAAGAGGAGAAGGAAGAGGACAGGUGCUCUCAGAGACUGCCAGACUUCUCGGAGGUUCGAUAAAACCCUAACUUCCCUUCUGAAAAGCUUGGAGAGGCUGCUCCCUGACCCAGGAAGCUCUCAACAGCCCGGAUACCAAAACCGCCCUGCUGAUGCGCGCACAAGAGCACCUGUCGCAGCCCCGCAGCCAUAUGGGGACAACGCAGACCCUGCCGCUCUGUCCCUGGCAGAGGCUGCCCCCUGUGCUCUCACUCAGCACCUUCCACCUUGGGCCUCCUCUCCAUCACCAGGCCCGCCUGAAACCUCCUGUGAUUUUGUGUGCUUGCCCACAUCCCUCACUGCCUCUCAGACCCCAGACCCCCUGCUUUCCCCGGCCCCGGCCCCAUCCUGUCUGGAGCCCCGAUCCCCACCCCAAUCCCAGCGCCUACCUGUGGGUCAGACCCAGACUUGGACCCACCCUCAAUCCUCUCCCCUAGUCCUGUUAGCACCUUACGUGGCCUUCAAUCGGGGCUGCGAAACCUCCUGCUUUACACCCCAUAAUAACCCACCGUCACUCAUUCCAACUGAAAUUCAACACCCAGGGAGGCCCUUGUCCAAGAAACACCUAGAACACAGGUGGGCUGACCCCUCAGCAGUCCGAAGCCCUCAGGAGGAUCACCGUCCCUGCACUCGAGAUCUUCGCCAAGCUCUGAGCUCUGGGAAAAACUGGAGCAACACAUUCAGAAGUGGUUCAUUCAACACCAGCGGGACCUGCUCUGCAAUCCAGGAGUCUGAGCUCUGGGAAAAACUGGAGCAACACAUUCAGAAGUGGUUCAUUCAACACCAGCGGGACCUGCUCUGCAGGAUCCAGGAGUCUCCAGAAGUCACACAGCCUCAGUGUGGCUUAGCUCACUCAUCUCAGGUGAAGGACAAACCUGGGCCUUCACAUUUGUUGGUGUCUACAGGUGAAUGCAGCAAGGAUGUGCAGAAGGUGAGGUUCCAGCUAAGGAGGGACUCAGGCAAGAAUCUGGGGCAUAUUCUAGGCAAGGUCCCGAAAGCUGUCUCCGGGGCCUUAGGAAGCUCCCCAGCGAAGGUUCUGGGGGAGACCUCUGAGGCAUCAGAGCGAAACCUGAUGAGGCCCAUGGAGAACGACACAGCCCAUGACUCAUUUGGAAGUACAGACAAGAAAUACCUGGGAGGCGUGCUGGAAGCCCAUCUGGGUGUGAAGGUGGGGCAGAUCCACGAGGGGCUGAUCCCUCUGAAAGUGCGCCGAUCCUGGCUCACUGCCAGCAGUGCCUUUUCUACAUCCAAAACCCACAUGGAAACCAGAAGCCCAGUGUCCUCCAGGAGUCAGGAAAGCUGUGUGAGCACCGUCCAGAAGUUUUUCUUCAAUCCACGCAUUCAGCAGGGCCUGGAGAUGCACAUUACAAGGCUCAGGGUGAGGCGCAGGUGGGGCCUCCCCCUCAAGCUCCUCAAGGCCAUGAACGUCUUUAAAUCAGCAAAGGCUCUGCCCUCAGCCUUUCCACAGUUUGCCCGUCCCUCCUCCUCUGGAGGUGUGUCCUGGGCUGGCCUGACAGUUGAGGAUGAUGCCAAGUUCCUGGGAAAACCACGUCAGAGAUGUCCAGGAGAGGAGGCGACAGUCAGGCAGGCUGUCCCUACACUGGGCAGUCUCCUUGUCUCCUCUCUUUCGGGUAAGGAGACCGAGAGGACCCUGCCAGGGAUCCCUCUUGGUCAUGGCCAGGGGUCCUCAGAGGCCCCUCUAACUAGACAGGAGAGCAGGGGGCUCUCACAGGAACUCACAUACAGCCUCGUGGGCAGAACCAGUGAGAGCAGGACAAGCCAAAGGGUUGGCAGAGGCAGCCCAGAAGUCCCCUUGCUUCCUGGAACAUGUGUCGCCCAAGAUGCACGAGAGCCAGGCCUUUGGGCAGACACUGUGAGCCAGGUUCAGCACAGAGUGGAGAUCAAGUCAGUGAGCCAUUCUGAAGUCUGUGUCUCAGGUGUCCACCUUCCAGACUCUUCCACUGACUCACUCUGUGCCUCAGACUGUUUGGGGUCCGUGGUGUCCCCGUGCCCUCACCACAGCAUGCCUCUAGGGCACAUGCUAGCUUCACAGCGGCCAGGUGCCAUAACUGCAGACAGAGGGAACAGCCUGGGUCAGCAGAAGCUCAGUUUCCUGAAACAUCAGCACUCACCGAAGAGCCAAAGCAAGACCCUUAUCCCUGCUGCCAGGCAUGAGGUUGGUAGGAGGCCCAGCUCAGGAAAACAUGAGGACAGGUUGGGAGCCGUGGGGACCUCUGAGCCCACCCAGGAUGGGCGAAUAGGAGACACCACAGAGAGUGAACGCCUUCAGCUUCUCCCACAAAAUAAACCAGGCCCCUCAGAAGGCUACUUCCAAAGGAGCAUGAAGAAAUUUCUACAGUGUUUUUUACCCAAAACAGUCAAAAGGCAGGGAGACACCCAGAAAAUAGGCAAGCCUGUACCUGCCACUGUCCAGAGCCAGAGACCGGCCAUAAACAGACCUCGUGCGGACCAUGACACUGAUAAGGCUGAGCUGCUCGUGAGAGCAGUUGGGCACAUGCUAGAAGCCAAAAUGAUGCUUCAGCGUGAACUCUGCGCCAUGAUGUUAAAUCAGCGCGAAGAAGGUCAAGCCCCAAUCUCCCAGGCUUCCCGCUGCUCAGAGCACAGGAGAAAGCCAGGACAUGCAGCCAGCCCUGAGUGCCACAGCUGUCCUGCCAGGGAGAGGCACCCCCGUGACCAAGAGUCCCUGAAAACUGGACAGCUCAACAGUGAGCAGCAGCGCUGGAGGCAUCUGCACCCCUUCUUCCCCAUCAAGUCUGGGUCCCCAGGCAGCCCCUCCCAGUGGGGCCCAACAGUGUCCCGGGCACUAGGCCAUCAACAUUACUGCCCAAGGCAUGGUCUUUGGAGAAGUGUCUUGACUGGACAGCAGAAACAUUUCUGCCCAGUCUUUCUUGGUAGAAAAACACAUGACCAGUAAAGAAUUAGCUACGUAGAAGAAAAUGACUUUUCUCAUGCAUCCUAGAUAUUUACUGUAGCCCAAUACAUACCUAUGUUUCCCCAAGAGGGAAAUGGCUUCUGUCUGCUCUGUGCAUGGUGUGGGCUCUGGUGUCUAGAAGGGAUGCAGUGUGGUGGAGGUGAUGGGAACGCGAGCCACCUUCACCCUUUGUUCCUUCACUCAUCCCCACUUCCAUCAUGACAGGAACAAAAACUCGAAAACCAAGCUGAGGAAAACCAGUGGUGCCUCCCCCAGAUCCGGCUCAGCCCAUCUUUGCAGGGCUCCCCUUCCUUAAGGCAGCAGUAGGACCAGGGGCACAGAGACGUCUUAGGACAAGGGAACCUGAGAUGUGACUCAAAGUCUGGUGACCUUUACAUUUGUAUGCAGGCCCAAGGUGGUCCCUAGAGGAGAGGGGGACUCAGAAGGGUUGAGGGCCUGCCCUGGGGUCCCACAGCAAGUCCUGCCUGGCUCCCAGGCUUUGCUCAGCCCAGAGCCCACAGGGGAAGGGGCGGUCACACAGGAUUUGUGCCACAAGGAGGCUAGAAGUGGCCUGUCUAAAUGUCUGUGGGCAGGGCCCAUCUAGGAGGAGAGCACUCAGCUUCCAGCACGCGUUUCCCUUCCCUGUGGGUGCUGGUCCUCAUGGAAAAACAGAAGGGCUCAGGAGUCAGGGAGAGAAGCAGCCAUUUCUCCAGAGAGCAUUUCCCGUGCUGUGGGGCACACAGGGCAGCCACAGACACAGCUCCCGGGGCCUCCAUCCUGUGGCCGAGUGUCCUAUACCAGGUGCAGCUUCUCCAGGCAAAGGGAGUGUGUCCUGGCCCAUCCAUGGGAAUGGGCUGCACCUGGGGUGCUGGGGGAAGAAGGCACAGACCCUUCAUGUCUGGUUGGUGGUGCUGCUGGCUGCCCUACAGCCAAGUCCUGCCUUGGGGUCCUGGAUACCUGUGCUGGUUCCCAGAGCGGGCCGAGCCAUGACAAUGGAGUAAAGACUGGCAGGAGAGGCUGGGCCCCGGGACGCAGAGCAGCCCUGGUGCCUCGGGUGCUAAGGAGAAGGUGGCACAUGGCUGGGACCCUGGCCUCAGGAGGGGCUAUGUCUCACAGCGGCUGGGUUCUCUCCAGACACUAAGGUAUGUUCUGGAAGGUGGAAGAGCGGGACACAGACCAUGGCUCCUGCCACUUAAGUACCACAAGCUGGUUAAGCUGAUGGGCCGGGUAGAACAUGGAAGGAGCGUGUUCCUCUGUCCUAAUGCUCAGUCUCCAUAAGGUACAGCGAGGCCUGCAGUGAAGACAUCCAGAGACCGCUCAGAGUGAUGAUCUGCAGAGAUAGCACAGAGAUCUCUCACCACAUGUGUGUUUUAUACACUGAAACCUCCCAGCCUUCCCACAGGACCUUCACACACAGCUGACUCCAUUUUCACCCCAACAGAGACCCCCACAGAGACCUCUUGAUCCCACACAGAACUCUUCCCCCAAAGACCUCCCCAGAUUUCACAGACUCCCCGGGUCCUCACCCAGAGAGCUGUCAGAGAUCUCAGACAUGAACCAGAGACCUCCGAUAGAAACCUCACUCUGUCAGUGACAGGGACCACAGGGCACUGCCCAAAGGAAAUCUCUUGGUCAGCACAGAAAGCUCCCAGUCAGUCAGCACACAGAGACCACUCCCCAGAGACCAUGCAGGGAUUCUUCAAGUUACUCUACAGUUACCGCAGACACCUCACAGAGAACCCUCAGACUUCCCAGACUUCCCAGACAUUUUGCAGAGCCCUCCGCCAGACACCAUGCUUACACUUUCCAGAGACCUAACUCUGAGCUCUCUCUAGAGACUUUUCACAGGGUUCUGGCAGAGACAGGAAAUGCAGGAAGCUCUGUCAGAGACCUCACGGCCUACAGCCUUCCCAGUGCCCCACAGACCCUGCACCUUCUGCCGAGCCUGCACAUGGACUUCUCACAGGGAUCCGUGCCACUCCACAGGCCCUCGCACAGAAACCCAGCACAGAGCUUUCGCAUGGAGAUGCUCUCAGAGACGUGACAGAGAGAUGUCUCCCACACAGAUCUCCCCAGACAGAGGCCUCACAGAGUUCUUCCACCAGCAUUCUGGGAGACUCCACAGAGCUCACAUGGAAACCACAUAAUGAGCUUGCACAGAGACCUUACCCGGGGUUCUCUGCAGAAACCAGGCACAGAGACCUCACAGACACCUAGCACUCUUUAGGGGCCUGAGAAGCCACUCUUGACAGGCCCUUCCCAGGAGAGGUGGAACCACUGACCAAACUGGCAACAAAGUGGGAUUCCCAUGAGUUUUCCCCAGACAUCCAGAUAUUGUCAGCAUCACACCAGAUGGGAUUCUCUGCCAGGGCAAAUGUUCACAAUGUUUUGUUUUUUAAAAAUCUUAUGUAAGAUAUUUGCUUUAAGGAAAAAAAAUGAUGGUAUCGAUGUGUAGACCCCCAAAUCCUUUGUUUUACAGGCUUUCAUUAGUUAGAACCCUGACCCACAGUGAGAGAACCAUACAGCAGGAUGACAACUUGCAGAGUUAAAGCUUGAGAGUACUACAGUACACUGUCUUCUAAGAUUACUGGGAUAGUCCGGCCUCCUGUGACCACCAAAGUGGGACCUAUACCUCCUUAUCCCUGGGUGGUAGCCCUGAAAACCUUGGCUUUGGAGAGUAGCAUCAGCUCAGCC